AUGACUGUCGCUGCUACUCCCACCGGAGAGAAGAGAUCUGGACGUGGGUGUGGAGAGGUGGACAUUAUCUUCACUGGCUUACCUCCGUACCAUCCGCUUGUCAUAGAGCAAGGCUUUGAUCCCGCCGUUGUCGAUGCUGCUCUUCGGGGCGACGCCGCUAACAUCCUCAACGCUGGGUACAACCUCCGAGUCGUUCUCAUGGGACCGGAGCAACCCGUGAGCGUCCUUGCCAGCCAGGUACAAGGCAUCCACUGGGAUGGUACUGGUGUCGGCUAUGGCGUCAGAGGCUCGCGACUCGAAAACCUUACCGUCCGACUUGAAGAUAUUAUCCAGCUCUAUCGUGAGAAGGUGCCGCGCGCUCCUACCAUGUUCGACCACUCGCCCGACUCGGCUCUUUGGGCAAUCGAGAGACGUUUCCCGCUUUCUGAGGACUGCACGGACGCACCAGGCACGGAUCUGGGAUUUGAGAUUUUCUGCGACAUUUGCACCGAAUAA